GUUUCCGCUCCACCAUUUUUGUUUCUUUCGCUUGUCAGACUUUGCUGAUAAGAGGCCUCAAAAUGCAGUUGCACAUUAGAGGACAGUCUACACACGUCUUGGACGUUAAUGGAGAGGAGUCUAUUGCACAGAUUAAGGAUCGCAUCCGUUCCCUCGCCAAUGUAGAGGAUGAGGAGUUGACUCUGUCAGUAUGCGGUGCUCCCCUUGAGGACACCUGCCUAGUGUCAGAGCUAUCUUCGACUGACCUCGACCUCACAAUCCCACUACUUGGUGGUAAAGUGCACGGAUCCUUGGCUCGUGCUGGUAAGUUAUUCAAUCUAUUAUGCUGUAUGGUAUAAGAUGAUAUAUUGGCA